AUAAGGUAGCUCAAGAGAGGCUGCUCUUGCACUUUUGUUUUGCAGCUAUUGCGCACAAGAGUACUCGUUAACACUGCUAUCAUUUUAGAAGUGAGAGCACUUCAUUACAAACAGCAAAAUAUUAAUUCCCACUGUUAGCAUAUCUGAAAUAUCGGACGUGAAGAUGAUUUUCGACAAAUUGAAAAAGUUUUUCAUCAUCUUCGACUCUCCUGAAAUCGACACCCCUCCCGUAUUCAGCAGCGGGGAUGUAGUGUCCGGUAAAGUGGUCUUGGAUCUUGCAGGGGAGAGCAAAGUGGAGUCGUUGAAGUUGCACGCCGAAGGUUUUGCUAAAGUACAUUGGACUGAGUCUAGAAGUGCCGGAGCCAGCACAGCCUACACGCAAAACUACAGCGACGAAGUGGAAUACCUCAAUCGGAGAGAGGUGCUUCUGCAAGCAGACAAUGGCGACUUAACUGUUCUACCAGCUGGACGGCAUGAAUUCCCCUUCAGCUUUCAACUGCCUGAAGAGACACUGGUGACCUCAUUCGAAGGAAAGCAUGGCAGCAUUCGUUACUGGGUGAAAGUGAAACUGCACAGACCCUGGACCACAGUAAAGAAAAUCAAGAAGGAGUUCACAGUUAUUGAGCCCAUUGACAUCAACACACCAACCCUGCUGGCUCCCCAAGCUGGUACGAAAGACAAGCUGGCACGAGUAUGGUAUCGCAAUUUUGGGCAGGUGUCAGUGACAGCUAAGAUUGACCGGCGGGGAUACACACCAGGCGAGGUGAUCCCCGUUUUUGCCGAGUUUGAUAACGCCACCUCUCGGUCAGUGAUGCCCAAGGCCUACAUCAUCCAGACGCAGACCUUCAUCGCCAGGGGCACCAUGAAGCAGAAGCGCUCUGUGGUGGCCACGCUGUGCGGCGACGCCGUGGGGGCUCGGCGCAGGGAGAUCUGGCAUGGCCGCGCCAUCAAGAUCCCUCCCGUCGGACCCUCCAUCCUGCACUGCCGCAUCAUCAAAGUGGAGUACAUGCUGAAGGUGUGCGUGGAUGUGCCCGGGACAUCCAAACUGUGCCUGGAGCUGCCCCUGGUCAUGGGCACCAUCCCACUCCAUCCCUUCGGCAGUCGUACCUCCAGCGUCAGCAGCCAGUACAGCGUCAACCUGGAAUGGCUUCGCAUGGCCAUCCCGGAGCAACCUGAGCCUCCUCCGGAUUACAACAGCAUUAUCACAGAGGAAGAGGCCGAGCAGAACAUGAGGCCCCCUGAGGCUGAGGAGGACUUGAGCAGCGUACUGGAGCGCCCCUUCUUUACCUACGUCCAGGAGUUCCGCUUCAGGCCCCCUCCAGUGUAUUGUGAGGUGGACCCACACCCUCAGCCAAUCAACAUGAGACCACGCUGCAUGACAUGUUGAACGAUUUGCCCCAACAGAGUUGCAAGCGAUGACCUGACAGAAAUUAAGCAGAGAUUAAACCUAAGAGAUUAGUUUUCUCCUGGAACUCUCUCCAGACCUGGAACCGAGCCCCAGGAAAUUGCCCCAGCUUUGGGUUGGACUGGCACGCGACACAGAGAGGAGUGCGAGAGUGGACAGAACCUGAGCGUGGGAAGUUCCUCUGAAAGGGAAGAAGGACAGGAAACGUGAACAUGAACUUUCCCCUCAUCCUGUCUUCCUCAGUGAUAGGCUCCAGUCAAGGCCUCAAAGCUGCAUUUUGCCCCACCGGUAGUUCACAGACAGUUCUGUGCAUGUGUGUGGGGGGGCCAGGAAACAUUGGGAGAUCAUUUCAUGGGUGGAGGUGGAAAAAAUGCUUUAAAAAAACCUGUGGUCUUCAGUACUUCAGUACUUAUUUUAACUGCAUAAACCAGUUGCCAGCUUGUCUUUCUGGUCAAAGGAGCCACAUGCUAUCCAGGGUUUGAAAAAAAUUUAUCAUCCCCUCCACCUUAUCCCUCAGCCAAAAAAUGCCCGAACCUGCAUUUUUUAAAAACGCGCAAUGUCUUGAAUUGUAGCCCCUCUGAAAGUUUCAAUGAUGGGAUAUGCAAGUAAAGAAAUCAAAGAAUGGGUCACAUAUCUAAGCAAUGUGAUUUUGAUUAGAUGCAGUGGUUUCAAAGCCGGUCUAAUCAGCAGGUUUUAAGGUAGGCUGCGCAGGGGAAAAAUGAGAGAAAUGGAAAAUCUAGAAAAGCUUCUAGUAUCUGAAAGUGAAUGACAAGCACUGCAUGAGAUGUGUUCAGAAGCAUCGGUUGUCUUGCCCCUCUGGUGAGGAGAGAUGGCCUGUAAAGAUUUGUGUUUGUAAAUCAUCAUAAUGGAAAAGAGAAGUUGAGCGUAUGUUGAAAUAUUGUUCUUGUGUUAUAACUUUAACACAAGGCCUAUAUGCAGAAAUGGCCACAUGCCAUACUUCUUCCUCAGAAAAAGGGGAAUCUAGAUGUUCUGAUUCUCUGUGCUUGGGCAUACCAAAGAUACUAGCUUUAUAAAUCGCUGUUUACACCUCUUAACAGUGGAGAGUGGAUUAGAAUUGCAGUCAAUGCUGCAGAAAGCACAAAAGAAAAGCUACUUUUUGGAGAACCAAAAGUGUGGAUGUCCGAGCCAUGUUAUUGGUGCAGUUGAUUUGAUCCAGGUGCCUUAUCAAUGUACUACAGUGUGGUUUGACUAGUACAGGAAAGUUGAUCAAUGGUACAUGAAGCUAUAACUUGAUGAUGAUGCCACUCUGAAGUAUAAUGCAAUACAUUCCAAAACUUGGAGGCUUGUCCUCUUCUCCACAUCAUCAAGAAAUGUGGCUUGCGGUCACUGACAUUCACCUGUUGUGAUGUGCAUGGCAUUCAUCUUAAACUGAAUGUAUUUUAUAUACUUGUUUAUGUUGAAUUACUGAACUUGCCAAAGAUUUGUAAUUUUUUAAUUUUUUAAAAUAAACUAUAUAAAAUAUA